GUGGUAUGUCUGAUGUUCUGCGAAACACACACCUUCGAGAAAAUAACAAGGAUUUUGCUGUAUGUUUGCUCAUGAGACGCAGAUUCUACAGCGAGUGGCUCUCCUGGUUGUGUGCCAUGACUUAGCAGUGGGCCAUAUGAUCCAACAACACUUUCAGGUCCAGAGACCCGCAUCCUGGUUCAAAGCCCGGGAGUUCUGCCGGAGGCACUAUGUCGACCUCUCUGUCCUGAGCACAGAAGAGCAAUACUUCUCUCUCCUUAAUGCCACUGCUGCAAGCAAAGUCAGCUUCUGGCUCGGCCUGCAGCGUCAGAACAUGUCGAGUGGCUGGAAGUGGGUUGACGGGGAGGCGCUGAGCUACGAGCACUGGUUCAGGAUCAACUAUGGCAGUCGCUGUGCAAGUUUGGAGGCAAUGCUGAAGAAAAACAAGAAGCUACUGGCUCGUUACUGUGACGAGCUGCACAUGUUUGUCUGUCAGGGUCCAGUUUCUCCAGAGUCAGUAACGGUGGAUUCAGUGGGCUCCAAUCAAGUGAUUCUCACCUGGAACGUCUCAGCAUUUAUGCAGAUGACACCACACCGUUACAAUGUGACAACAUGCACCAACACAUGUGAGUCGCUGCUCGUCCCGUAUACUGAUGGCUCUGCCUUUGUGAACAUCACCAUCUCCAACCUGACUGCAGCCACAGAAUACUUCAUAGAGAUUUCGGCUUUUGUUGUUCGGCCUGAUAGUGUCACUGGUGGAAACAUGACCCUUCAAAGUCACCCCACUGCUUUCCAGGUCAAAACAGUGGACUCUGGUGGGCAGCACAACAUCAUCAUAAUCGUUUUGAAGCUCUUAAAACUCGUGUCUCUGGCUCCUCCACUGUGGGUUCUUUAUCGUAUCCUGAUAAAAGGUGAUUUUAAGCAGUCAGAUCAUGACGUCUCACCAGUGGAGCUCUCAACUGAGGAAACGACUUAUGAUCUGAUCCCUGAGAAAACCAGAGUAAAAAAUAAAGACUUCCUUGAGAUCCAGGUCUAGGUGAAGGGCAGGCUAUUUAGUCCUCCAAUAACCUUGUUCACAAUCGCAUGAAUUUUUCCAUGAACGUAAACACAAAGUUUUCUGGACAAGUUGGAUAUAUAACACACAGAAAAAGAGGAAUUUUAGUGGAGAAAAAAUAGAGAUUUGGAAAAAAACUGGUCAGCUUGAGGAAAAACAGUGUUUCAGAAACUGACCAAAUGUCUGACUCCCUUGGUAAGUGAUAAAAUCACCAACAUCAAAAUUAUCCACAUGUUUUGAUCAUAAUCCAGUCUCAGUAUUUCCACUAUCACGGUGUAACAUGCUUUAACCCUGCAGAUGUUGUUGCAUCUCUGUACAGGCAGAGCUGAGGCACAAUGGUGCUUGAACCAUGGGUCAUUGACAGGAGGAGUCGCUCUGUUUUUACUUCAGUAGUUUUCCUGCAAAAUCCUUUGCAAGCUGCCAUUGUUUGGAUUUAGAGGAAAUUAUUAUUUCCUCAAUAAAUAUUAUGUAUCUGCCUUUGGGGCUAGUUCUGAUAAGCAACUUAAUGUUUAACUGUACAGUGUUAUAGCCCACUGUGGUUAUUUCCUAUAACCAGAAAAAGCAGUCACCGGAAGUUUUGGGGGGUAUUUUUGUGUCAUAUUUCUGAAAUAUUCGGAGCCAAGCACAGAUCAUGGAGCACAUGAUCUACAGUAGACACAUUGGUAAUUGUUGUGUUGAUGUAGAAAGUUUACUUCGAGCUGGAAAAUAGUGUGUGAUCUUUAUUUUGAGGUUCUUAUUUCUCUCAAGAUUAACACGUACUAAAGGUUCAACAAAGAUGACUUUGUUCUCUAAAUGUAACUUAACUGUUAAACUGGAGGUGGCAGGAUUUGCAUCAGCCUUAAUGCAACUCUACGUGACUGCAGCUCAGAGCGAAUGCAUACUAAUCACAGAGACUGAGUCAGCAGCAAGAAAAAAAUGCAAAGUAUAAGCUACUUUUUUGACAAACAAGUAAAACCUCAUUCAGGGAUGAUCCAGUUAGUUUAUUUCAAAGGGCACAAGGUCAAUAAAUGUGAAGCCAAGAAAGGUACAUUUAACCUGGUGUCCCUGGCCAGAUGAUAAAAUAGACCCUUAAAAGUGAUCUAAUGCCUUAAGACUAAAACAUUAUUUCAGUGAAACUCUAUGUGAAUAUUUUUGUUCCAAAAAAAGUGAACAUUAAUGUGAAUGUUGCAGCACAUUUUGAUAGUAUUAGUUAUAUUAUGGCAUUUGGCAUUAUUUUUACUUUUGCACUUAUAUGUUGUUUUUAUUUAUUUAUUUUUUGUUUGAUACAGUAUUUUAGGUUUGGGCCUUAAAUCACAUGCUGAUUACACCAAGUCAGAUAAUUAUUUUUUUGUUAUUAUUAUCCUCAUCAUCAGACCGUUGCUGUUAUUACACUCAUUUGAAUGUUUUGGACCCAAAGCAAAAAAAAAUCACAUUUUUUCACAUUCAAAACAGAAAAAUAAAACUUACAGUGUUCUGAUUCAAAAUGAAAUAAUUCCCAGCUUUGAAAGCUAAGUUAAAAACAUACAGUGAUGAUUUAGGCAAUGAACAAAAGAAAUUAUCUGUGACAACACAUACUGCCGUUCUCAUGUUCCUCGGGUCUUUUGGUUGGAGUUUUUUAAGAUCUGUGGUGCAUUCAUGAUAAUAUAUAACAUUCUGUUAUGGGUGAUGGAUGAUAUUUUAUUCUACAAUAGAAAUGUACUGGAAGCAACUUGUUGCUUUCUUUGGUAGCUGCUCAUGUAACUAAGAGUCAAAUAAAUAAAUAAACUGUAAA